UGCCUGCCUGCCUGCCUACCUGCUAGCUGUUGUCACUACGUGGUUCUCGGGGUAAGCAGACAUCAGGACCCUCGCAUCGCACUACACUGGAUCCGGCCAUGCUAGGUCCAUGUACUACUGCUAGAUAACCUACAGAGCACCACCUCACCUUGCCUUACCUUGCUGUGCCAUGCCUUGCCCGACCUUGUCUUCACAUGCAUUGUCAGAGCGGACGUACUAGUACUAGUACGGUCCUACUGCAGUGGAACACGACAGGAAGAUCCCCGAGUCCCGAACCCAUGCGUCCAGCAACAUCCUCCGACAACCGAACACUUUCACGACGACAUGUCUCUAUCACAUCUCUCGAACUUCCUUGCAAAAGGUUAACCGCAGCCUGUGUAGCAACCAGUCACAAACUACACCGACAUCCGAAUUCCGACUUCCAACAAUGCAUGCGACGACCGGUAGUAUGCUAUCGCCGAGUACUACCACUCGCCAACCGACAUGCGAGGACUGACGACCGACAACCGAUGAUCAACGGACCGAUAACCAUCUACUACUAGUACCGCAGUAUCAACUUACUUUUAUUAUCAGUAGUAGGACUAUCAUGAAACCGAAUGACGGCUGCGUAUAUCCGUGCAUUAGCACUUCUACAGAACUACUGCGACUACUUCUCCUUAUGCCACUACUAGACUCGAAUCGGGGCAUGGGAUCCCAUGACAAGUCAUAACAUGAUCUAGCAUUGCAGUGACCCCAGAUCUCAGCCAGCAGGUAGGCACAGCAAUUAUCAUGGCAGAUAACAGACAACAGACGAUACUCAGGACCGCACCACUGCACCCGUGCCCAAUAAUGACUACCUACUCUGGAUAUCAAGGGUACUACAGUAGUACUGCGACUGCUGGUUACUGGCUGGUCCGCCCAUCACGGCCCAAGCCUGAGUUCCUGGC